AUGCCGCCGGAAGCCCUGGACAUCAUCAGAGCCAAUCUCCGCACAUCAAUCCCAAACGCACUCGUCUCAGUCAUACACGAACGAUGGCCAUAUGUAUCCCCGAACCAAAUCCAUCGCGCUUGGUCAACCAUGAGCGAGAUCCUAUGGAAACGCCAGGAUGAUCAGUUCACGUCGGGUUGCGAGCUCCUCACUGAGUACCAAGAGCAAGGCCGUGUCGACCUCCUUGAGGAUCUGCAGGUUGAUGAUGGUGUUACGAUCCUUGCGUGGGGUCUACCGGAGAUCGCAGCCAAAAUUGGCGCGACACUGGUGGAGGUCGCCAUGGAUGCAACCUACAACACAAAUGCCAAAGAUCUUGAAUUAUACUCGGUCCUUGGCGAAGUCGAUGGUGCUGGAUUUCCCAUGGCAUAUUGCUUAUUGUCAACCGCAACCGCAAUCAGCAAUGGCAAGCGCAAACGUGCGCUGAGCGAGUUCUUACGUGCACUGCGCGACCGAUAUAGUGUCAAUCCACAGUUUGUCCACACAGAUAAAGACAUCGCAGAGAUCAAGGCCGCACAAGAGCAGUGGCCAUAUUCAAAGAAUCAACUAUGUUGGUGGCAUCUCAGACGGGCGAUCCGUACUCGAUUAGGAGGAAACCUACGAACGACUGCCUAUGACCCGCGAAUAGCAAAACGCGAGUUUCCAUUCAUUGACCUCAACUUCGUGCCUCAGAGCCACUCGGAUCCAAACGAUAUCGAGGGAGAGAGCGUCGAGGGUUCUGCACUCACUCCCGCCUGGAGAAGCGCCAACUCACUACGUGUCAAAAUCAUCAUCCCUCGCUCCAUUCAAUCAACGCUGGCCUCGUUGAACGAACCCACGCCCAAAGACCACACAACGAGUACACUGGCCGCCAUCUCAGAUUCCGAAUCAAUAACUCAACGCCGCGUCUUUUGUCCAAAGGAGUUGCACGAUUCAGUCCUCAAGCUCGUCGAUCGGCAUUUUCAUGCACAUCCUUUGAUCCCUGGUUACUCGGCGCCAUCGGAAGCUGGGAUUCGCGAGUGGGCUGUGAAGGAGGUAUAUUCGUUCUGCGUCAGCCAUGAGUUGAGGGAACUUUGGGCGUACUUGUGGGGUAAUUGGUAUCGACCGGGGCGCUGGGGACUCUGGGCUCGAAGCAAGUUUAACUUGAUUCCCCGACUGAAGACAACAAUGAUCUGCGAGAGCCACUGGCGCCGGAUCAAAAAGGACUUCUUACAUCACUUCCACAAGCCUCGCAUCGACUUGCUCAUAUGGAUUCUGACUGACAAGCUCGUACCUGCAUACACGCGACGCCUCAGCAUACACCUCAAACCGACAGGUCGCAAUCGUGAACAACCCUCCUGGCGAAAAUCGUUCAAGCGCGCGUGGCGCAAGUGCGAGUCGGCACAUAUUCGCAACCCAGACGACCCGAAGUACAGCCCAGAUGCGUACCGAUGGGUUUGUACCUGUCCGGCCUUUGCAACAAGCCGAUUUCUCAUUUGCAAGCACCUCAUUCAAGCUUGCCACACUGUCCCUCCCCAGUUCUUCCUCCAGGCAUCGCGGAAUCGAACUCUGCCGUUCUGGCAUCAUCCGCUACUGAAGCCCUUGGCACCUCCGCACACGGAUGCCGAAAUUCGACGCGACGAAGGCUUGCAUUCGGGGUAUUCGCCGCCCGACGCGCCGCCGCCAUCUGAUUCUGGAACGAGCGACAUACCAAACUCGUCCGCAUCGGACGCGUUCUCCAGUGACCCGAACGCGGCCAUCUGGGCUGGUGGUGACGACGAGCUUCAGGAUCUCGCGGAGUCCUUUGAUUUCGAGGUUCAACAUCUAACCUCAGAUCUGCUUUAUCUGGUGGAGGCCAUCCAAUACAACGCUCAGUUCCGCGACCCUCGGUUUCUUCGGAUUGUGAAGCAGCGCGGCACAUCCUUACUCGGCCUCAUCGACGAUUUCCGUGAUCUACAGCGGCGAACGGACUCCACUCGCACUCCGAACCCUAACACAUGGGGCUCGCGCAGCUAUAAUACGAUGUACUUCCGGACUCUUCCUUCCCAAGCGGCUUCAUGACCCGAAAUCGAACACAUGAGGCUCCGCCGCUCCGUACAAGUUACCUUCGCUCUGUAUUACUAUUAAUUAUAAUCUAAUUAUCCUACCUAUCCUAUGUUAUCCCUCACAUAACAGUAGCCCUUUAAUGUCAUCUUUAUU